AUGGCACCUCGGAACGCUACUGCCAGUAGCUCAAGAGCAGCUUCUAGCUCCAUAUCGAGACCGGUAAAAUCCAACGGUAUCGCUGGUCCGUCGACUAUCAGAAACAAGAAGAGAGCUGUUCAAGAAGUAUCUGAAGAUGAAGAUGAUGAAGAAUUCGGCGCUGCGGGAAGUGGAAUAGAUAUGAGUGAUGAUGAAGAUGCCGAAGAGGAAGACGAAGAGGUGGAUGAAGAAGCAUUUCCAGAAUUUGAUAGUGAGAUUGAGGAUGAUAAUGAACAAGAUGGAGACGAUGAAACGCAGGAAGAGGAAGAGGAGUUAGACGACGAAGAGAGUGGAUCGGAAUCAGGAUACAAUUCAUCAGAUAUCGAAGCUAUGUAUGGUGAAGCCGACGAGGACGACGAUCAAGAAGAUUAUUCGCCAAUCACAUCACCAUCAUCAUCGCAUAAAGAAUUAUCAACGGAUGAGAAAUUGUCAAAGAUGAUAGCGAAGAAUUCGAUCAAACCUGAUGAUUCGCUAGGUACCGAUGCCAAGAUCUCAAGAGCGAAGGAAGGAGUAGGGAGAUUGGUACCUAGUAAACUCGUUGAGGGGGGUUAUAAGAGGGAAUAUGAUGAUUAUGAAGCUGGUUACGGAAGUGAAAGUUCAACCGAAGAUAACCCAAACACAGUCGGAAACAUCCCUAUGGAAUGGUACGAUGAUCUACCUCAUAUAGGGUACGACGUGAAUGGUCGAAAGAUCUUCAGACCCGCUCAAGGUGACGAGUUGGACAAAUUCUUAUCCAACACUGAAGACCCUGCUGCAUGGACAUCAGCCGAAGAUAAACUAUUACAACAAUCCGUUCAGUUGACAGACAAAGAAUUAGAUAUCAUUAGAAGAUUAGAGAGAGCCGAGAACCCUGAUGCCGAUUAUGAUCCGUACCAACCUACGAUCGAAUGGUUCACUGGUGAAGGUAAUGAACGAGUCAUGCCGCUGAGUGCUGCUCCAGAGCCUAAGAGGAGAUUCGUGCCCUCCAAAUGGGAGCAUAAAAAGAUAAUGAAAAUCGUCAAAGCUAUUAGAGAAGGUCGAAUCAUCCCUAACAAACCUUCAGCAGCUAAACCUACAGUAUAUGCUAUAUGGUCAGAAUCUGAUCAAUCCAACUUACAACACGCAAUGUACAUGCCCGCCCCCCAACUUCCUCCUCCAAAAACUAUCGAAUCGUACAACCCACCUGAGGAAUACCUGUUAACAGAGGAAGAGAAGAAAGAAUGGGAAGAAACAGAUAAAGAAGAUCGAAAGAUCGAUUUCUUACCUGCCAAAUAUGAUUCCUUAAGAUUAGUACCAGGAUACAAAAACCUCGUUCAAGAAAGGUUCGAAAGAUGUUUAGAUCUUUAUUUGGCACCUCGUACGAGAAAGGUCAAAUUCAAUAUUGAUCCUGAAAGUUUGAUACCUAAAUUACCUGCUCCUAAAGAACUCAAGCCGUUCCCCAUUUCGACUUCGGUGGUUUAUAGACAUCCUGAAAGUUCUAGAGUACGAUCAGUAUCUACUUCACCGGAUGGACUUUGGGUAGCUACUGGAUCUGAGGAUGGAAUAGUCAGAGUAUGGGAUUUAGGUAAUGGUAGGGAAGUUUGGAAAUGGAACUUGAAAUCUGGCGCAAUUCAACAUUUGUCUUUCUCGCCUUAUAAAGAUGAAUGUCUUUUGAUUGCGUUAGUAUCUGGAAAAAUAGCUGUUUUAUCCCCACUAGCUUUGGUAUCUCCCUCAGUAGCUGCCAACACCCUCACACAUGCCAAUACCGCUUUCGCAAGUAGUGCUGCGACUACCAAGAUUGGUGCCGGGAAGGAUAUCAAGGGUGUAGAAUCGAUCAAAUGGGUUAGACCGAACGAGAGUGAAAGAGAAAGAGGAGUGUUGGUUUACGUGGAAGUGCCAGGUACACCGAAACAGGUCAGCUGGCAUAGGAAAGGUGAUUAUUUCGCUACGGUCGCGAGUGAUGCCUCCAACAAAUCCGUAUUGAUCCAUCAAUUAUCCAAACACUCCACUCAAUCGCCAUUCAAGAAGUUACCAGGCCAAGUUCAAAAAGUUAUUUUCCACCCUUCCAAACCUCAUUUCUUCGUUGCCACUCAACGUUAUAUUCGACAAUAUGACCUUUCGUCUCAGACGCUCGUCCGAACUUUACAAUCGGGUGUAAAAUGGAUAUCAUCCUUGGAUCUACAUCCCAGAGGUGAUAAUUUGAUCAUUGGAUCGUAUGAUAAGAAAUUGGCUUGGUUCGAUUUGGAUUUGAGUAAUAAACCGUAUAAGACUUUAAGAUAUCACACCAAAGCUCUUCGAUCCGUAGUCUACCACCCGACAUUACCUCUCUUCGCUUCAGCUUCAGAUGACGGUACCAUCCAUAUCUUCCAUUGUACGAUCUACCAAGACCUCAUGCAAAACCCAUUGAUAGUGCCUCUCAAGAUCCUGAGAGGUCACAAAAUCACCGAUGGAAUUGGAGUGCUGGACUUGAGCUGGGUAAGUGGGAAACCCUGGUUGGUAAGUAGUGGUGCGGAUGGUGAAGUCAGAUUAUGGUGUUCAUAA